AGACACACAGAAAGAGAGAGAGAGAGAGAGAAGCAGCAGGUGCUGCCUGGUGGAGGAGGAGGAGGAGGAGGCAGCAUCCCGACGAAGAGUGGAGGACUCGCAUCCCUGUCUCCCCCUCCUCCUCUGCCGGCACACCAGUGCGUGUCGGGGGUCGAGCGGCAGCAUGGCAGCCGCCUCCACGGACUCGGGACAGCCGGCCACCAGGAUCACCCCGCAGGCGCUGCAGGACAUGCUCCGCUUCUACAACCUGAGCCGCCGGGAGUUCAUCAACACCUACAACAUCCAGCCGCUCGUCUACGUGCCCGAGCUGCCGUACAGCGCCAAGGCGACCUUCGUGCUGCUCUACGCGCUCAUCUUCGCGCUGGCGCUGGCCGGCAACUGCCUGGUCGUCUACAUCGUCGUGAAGAAGCGCGCGGUCCAGACGGCCACGGACGUCUUCAUCUGCUCGCUGGCGGUCAGCGACCUGCUCAUCACCUUCUUCUGCGUCCCGUUCACGCUGCUGCAGAACCUCUCCUCCGAGUGGUUCGGGGGGGUCCUGGUUUGCAAGACAGUUCCCUUUGUGCAGACCACAGCCAUAGUGACGGGCAUCCUCACGAUGACCUGCAUUGCCAUUGAGAGAUACCAGGGCAUUGUCUUCCCCCUGAAAAUGAGGAGGCAGUACUCGUCCAAAAGAGCAUACAAGAUGCUAGGGCUUGUUUGGAUCGCCUCAGUGAUAGUGGGCUCGCCGAUGCUGUUUGUGCAGCAGCUCGAGGUGAAGUACGACUUCUUGUACGAUCAUUACCACGUGUGCUGCCAGGAGAGUUGGCACUCGCUGACUCAAAGGCAGGUGUACACCACCUUCAUCAUGGUGGCCCUGUUCCUGCUCCCGUUGGCGGCCAUGCUGUUCCUUUACACGCGCAUUGGCAUCGAGCUGUGGAUGCGCAACCGGGUGGGCGACUCCUCGGUGCUCAACACCAUGAACCACAGGGAGAUCUGUAAGAUCUCAAGGAAAAAGAAGAGAGCCGUUAAAAUGAUGAUCACCAUCGUUCUGUUAUUCACGAUUUGCUGGGCACCGUUCCACACAGUCCACAUGCUGUUCGAGUACUAUGACCUGGAGAACAAAUGUGACGGAGUCACCCUCCACAUGAUCAUCGCCAUCGUUCAGGCCAUCGGGUUCUCCAACAGCUUCAACAAUCCCAUCGUGUACGCCUUCAUGAACGAGAACUUCAAGAAGACCUGCGUCUCCACCCUCUCCCACUGCCUCAGGAAGCCUAACCAGCAGGGCGGCGCUGUGGUGGUGCCUAAACUGAGCGUGCAGUUCAUCAAACCCCAGAGCAGGGAAGCCUUCAUGGACUCAGGGCAAGGCAACAGCCUGAAGCAGCACUCGGCAGAGAAAGGCCCUUUGAGCGCGUUGCACGGCGAGAGCUCCCUGGAAGUGAUGGGAGAAAAAAUCUCCACAAUCCAAACGGAGCUGCCUGCAAACAGCUCCUCCCAGGUCAAAUGAGGGGGACGUGGACCCGACCCGUCCCGUCCGCCGUCAAGCUCUCAAAAGAUACACCCGCUUGGAAACACAUCUCUGCUGUGCCAGAGAUUUCAGAAGAAACCAAAACAAACUCUGUUCAGGGAUACAGCAGCGAAGGAGAUGAAGGAAUUCCCAAAAGGGGCAACUCAGGAGCAGCGGUCCGACGCUGAAACGCACACGUAUCAUUUCAGAGACAUCAUCUCCGCCUCGCUCGGUGAUCAUGAAAUAGUGUAUCGGAGCGAACCAGGCUCAUUGUCCCUAAAUGUGAGCAAGAACCUUUACCUCCGAGGUGUUACAGUGACAAGCGUUUGUAAAUGACAACAAAGACAAACGACCAUGAUUCCUCAAGGACAACUAUGGAUGAAAGCUCAUCUUUACCUGCACCGCUAAAUGGACGUCUGCAUCUAUAUAGUGCUUUUGUUGUACUAACUACCACUCGCAGCAUUUUACACAGUCACAUUCAACCACUCAGACACGGCCAAGCACUUUUCUAGUACUUACAACCACGCACGCACGCACGCACGCACGCACGCACGCACUUCAGGUCAACUCAGUUUCAAACCUUUGGUUUUUAAAUUUUGCAGUUUAGCCUCUCUGACUUUUACUGCUUGUGAAAUCUUGCAACUGUUUUCUCGUUGGGCGUGAAAGCUGCAAAUUCUGCCUCGGUACUUUUCUUUCCGUUACGCUGUUUUGUGAUUUCAUGACAGCUUGGCAAAGGGCAAGCCUUGUACAGUUCUUUUACAGCUUCGUGCGUCACACCACUGACUUCGGCACAUGGGACGGGGGGUUCGAUUUCACCGUCAGGACUUGGCUUACAAAUCCAGUGUGGGCAAUCAGGCAAGGCCCUAACCGAUAAUUGCAGGUCGCUUUUGGACAAAAGCUUCAGCAAAAUGAAUGUAAUGUUGUGUAGCUGUCCGCAACCUUAAAUGUUUGGCAUUUUUUUAACUUUCGAAAAAUCUGUGACGUACAAAACACGUCACUAGCUAUUGUGAUGGAGAGUGGACAAUUGGACUGAAAAACAAUUGACUACCAUUUGCACCAGUGGUGAUCCUUUUUUGAUGACAUACGGGACACGUGUUAAAAUGAUGCCAGUCCACUGCAUUUUUAUCACGACGAGAUGAGUCACAUCAGUAUAUCAUUUAAAGACCUGAACUUUUAAACGUGGCUGCUUGCGUCACAUAUGGGACCAACUGGUUUGACGACCAAAGUGUUACCUUUGCUGUGAAAUAUUUUUGUAUUGUUGAUAGCUAAAUGCAGCUUUGUGUGAAUUUGAGUCUGUUUAAAGUUAUUUUCAUAUCCUGUCAUAAUGUUUGCUAUCGGCAGCUUGGAUUUUAUCCACGGUUCUGUACAGAUUUUGAAUUAACAUUAAAUAAAAUGAAAUUUUUGGGUUAUCAUUAAUGAAACUAA